AUGAAGGCCGGUUUACUCUUCGCUGUUUUUAGCGGCGUGAUAGCCGCCCCAGCAGCCUUGGAACACCAGACCGCACAAGUAUCAUCCAGACACGAUCUCUCACACAUCUCUGAACAGACACUACACAACAUUCGAAAAGAGUGUCCGAAAUGUACCAUCACACCUACCCAUGUCGACCGCAGCGUCUUAGGUCUGCAAUUUUGUCACGAGAUCGACGCCUGCUGCAGCGUAAAGGCUCCGAUAAACUGUUACGAUGAAGACAAGUUCAAAUCCAGCGACAAAUUCACAUCAAAUCGGGACGUCGAGACGUCGAUGAAGAUUCAGAAGCGCACGCAAUGCGACCCUUGUUGCACCGGUAAAGAGGAUGCAAUUGAGAGAUGGUUCGCAGAAUGGUUAAAAUGCAAGCACAUUCCGGUACAAUGCGACUCGUGCGAUGGCCCUCCGGAAUGGGAGUGGAUUGUUCCUGGAGGCGUAAAUGAUCAAGAACGGCACAAGGGGUCCUGGAAACGUCCUGGAUACUAGGUUUUUGAACAUUCUCAAGUUCUGUCGACUAUUGUGUUACAACCUCGAACUGCAAGAAACACCCGCACUGGCACUUGGAGACACAGGAGAAUAAAUCCAUCACCAUGUUCUUGGGGUAAUCUUGACGUGUUUGGAAGUAGAUAUAGAGACCCUUCACGAUGACUGCGGUCAAUAUCAGUAUAAACCAG